AUGGGAAUCAGCUCGAUUAUUGAAGGUCAGGUGUACAUGAAGGAGAGAAGGAGCUUUUUCCGCGAAAACUGGAACAAAAAAUAUCUUGUUCUCAGAGAAUCCACAUUGGGCAUACAUAAGGACAAGAGCGAUACAAAUGCUGUCUUUGUACUGCUCCUAAACGACGUUAUCAAUAUCGAUCGGCGGUCAAAUAGGCCCUAUUGUUUAGAGUUGCAAUUGGCCAGCUUAAAGCGAUCUAUGAUGUUUGCAUUUGAUUCUGAAGAAGAAAUGGUUAAAUGGAUGAACUCUCUAAAAAAGUAUUGUUCAAAGCUGGCGUGUGUCUCUGGUCCCACUUCGUUCCGCCACAACUUGCACAUUGGGUUUGAUCCGAAUACAGGAUCGUUUACGGGGCUCCCAGAGUCAUGGAAGAGAAUGCUGAAGGCCUCGAGCAUUACAAAGGAGGAUAUCGAAUCGAACCCAGAUGUCGUCUUAGAUGUGCUUGAAUUUUAUACAAAAGAGCAACACGCGGAUGCGCAAGCAGGCGUAGAAAAAGAGGAAAAGCCAAAGCCAUCAUCUCCAGAUCUUCAUAUGAAAUCUCCAGGUUCCUCGCCUGAAUUUGACUCGACCCACGAUUCCAUGGUAAAGGUGCCAGUUGCCGACGAGCUCCCAUAUAUGGUUGCUUUAAGGCAAUUGUGCACCCCCGGAAAUCCCGCCGAAAUUUACACAAAAUUAAAGAGGAUUGGCCAGGGUGCUUCUGGAGAAGUUUUUGUCGGCCAAGAGAAAAAAACCGGCGCCCUUGUGGCAAUUAAGCAAAUGGAUAUGAGGUAUCAACAAAAACCCGCGUUGAUUAUAAACGAGAUUUCGAUCCUCAAAGCCUCACACCAUCCAAAUAUUGUCAACUACUUGGACAGUUAUCUGAUGGGGUCCCAGCUUUGGCUUAUCAUUGAAUAUAUGGAAGGAGGGGCCCUUACAGAGCUUCUCGAGUAUCGGGGCAAUUUGGAUGAGCCAGAUAUUGCCACAAUCUCAAAUGAGAUUAUAAAAGGACUUCAUCAUCUCCACUCGCGUUCGAUCAUACAUCGAGAUAUCAAAAGCGACAACAUCCUACUUGGUGCUGGAGGACAGGUGAAAAUCUCUGAUUUUGGAUUUUGUGCAGAACUUUCUGCAGAUCGAAGGAAAAGGGCCACCAUGGUAGGCACGCCCUAUUGGAUGGCGCCUGAAAUAAUCAAGCAAAAGAGGUAUGAUGCAAGUGUGGAUGUCUGGUCACUCGGUAUUAUGAUGAUUGAAAUGAUAGAAGGAGAGCCGCCCUAUCUUUCGGAGGAACCACUAAAGGCGCUCUAUCUGAUUGCUACCAAUGGGAGCCCUACUUUGAGGCACCCUGAGCGAAUGUCUGCCCCGCUGAUACAAUUUGUGGAUUCCUGUUUGAAAGUUAAUGUGGCUACUAGAGCAAAAACCCAGGAUCUUCUUCGUCAUCCAUUUCUCGUAAAAAAUUCACGCGACUCCAAAACGCUGAUCCCUCUUUUUAGCUCAAUAAUUAAAGAAGGCCUAAUUUCAUGA